AUGCAACAGCCUGUGAAUUAUGGAUGUCCCCAAAUUUAUUGGGUGGACAACAGUGCCACUUCUUCUUGGGCUCCUCCAGGGUCAGUUUUUCCCUGUCCAUCCUCUGUGCCUGGAAGGCCGGACCAAAGGAGACCACCACCUCCUCCACCACCGAUACCACCUCCGUCACAACCACCACCAUCACCACCACCCCCACUGCCGCCAAUGCCACCUCUGAAGAAGAGGAAGGACCACAGCAUAGAUCAAUGGCUACCGGUGAUAUUUUUCAUGGUUGUGGCGGCUUUGGUUGGACUGGGGUUAGGAAUGUAUCAGCUCUUCCAUCUGCAGAAGGAACUGGCAGAACUCCGUGAGCUCACCAACCAAAGCCUUAAAGUAUCAUCUUUUGAAAAGCAAAUAUACCACCCCGGUCAACCCUCUGAAAAAGAAGAGCCGAGGUGUGUGGCCCAUUUAACAGGCAACCCCAGCUCAAGGUCUGUCCUUCUGGAGUGGGAAGACACAUAUGGAACUGCUCUGAUCUCUGGAGUGAAGUAUAAGAAAGGUGGCCUUGUGAUCAAUGUCCCUGGCUUGUACUUUGUAUAUUCCAAAGUAUACUUCCGGGGUCAUUCUUGCACCAAUCAGCCCUUAAGUCACAAGGUCUACAUGAGGAACUCUAAGUAUCUUGGGGAUCUGGUGUUAAUGGAGGAGAAGAAGUUGAACUACUGCACUCCUGGCCAGAUGUGGGCCCACAGCAGCUAUCUGGGGGCAGUAUUCAAUCUUACCAGUGCUGACCAUUUAUACGUCAACAUCUCUCAACUCUCUCUGAUUAAUUUUGACGAAUCUAAGACAUUUUUUGGCUUAUAUAAGCUUUAACAGAAAAAGCACUUUAGAAUUAUCCAUUAUUCCGUUUUAUGGGUACUGGGAAUAUUGUCUUGAAUGAGUGUCUUUUUAAGACCAAUUGAGAUUAAUCAAGACAAAAUGAGCCACAAAGACCUCAUGAUCACAAGGUUCAACAGGUCAACUUUCCUUCAUUUCCCAGAGUGGUCCUUAAUGCCUCCAUCGUGAGCUAGAUGGAAGGAGAACUGUGGCCAAGGAACAUAAAGCUUUGGGCUGCCAUGUGAUGAUGCAGAGGCACAGAGAAGGAACUGUCUGAUGCUAAAAAUGGCCAAGAGCAUUUUAGCCAUUGAAGAGGACACUUUUAAACUCACCUUUCAGGGUGGGUCUACUUGCUACCUCAGAGGAGGCCAUCUUUCAGACACAUGGUUAUGAUCUGAAUAUACAAGGCAUGGGAAAAGGGGGCCAGGUUUGACUGAUAAGCUAGAGACUGAAAGAGGCCAAUGUCUCAUUGGCAUCAUCUUUACUUUUAACGGGUGUUUUCUGAGCCAACCUUUGAUGCUAACAGAGAAC